CUUGCUGAAUCACAUAAACUCUGCCGCUAUUUUAAACUCGCCGGAGAGAGUAAGAGGAAGAGAAGGAUAAAUCGGCGAUUGGGGUUCGAUUGAUUAUUAGAAAAUUGGGUUCGACCAUGGCGAAGCGAGAAUUGUCCAGUACUUUGAAGAACUUGAAGUUUAUGCAAAGGGUAAUUCAGAAAGAUGAGAAAGCCGAGAAAGAAGAAGAGGUUAUGCCUGCUGGAGAUUUUCCUCGCUCCGCUGCUGUUAAAAGAUGUGUUGUUGUAGUUGAAGGCGAUCCUCAUCCCGGCGUGACAAGAGGCCGCAUGUCGUUUUUAAGUUUUAACCCGUCUAUUGAUAAACUCAAUGAAGUAGCAUCUGACUCAAGUGAAACUGAAUCCGCCGCAACAAGCUCUGGCAGACAAAACGAAGCAAUACCCAUUCGAGAAAAUGGGGGGUCCGUUCAAAAGUUGGAUAAGUUGGAAGUAGAUGCAAAUGAUGAUCUUAAGAGGAAGCAAGCACAAGUUUUUUCAGAAGAAGGGUAUCCGAAUAAAUCGAGGAAAAAUGAUCAAGAAAACCAAGAUUCACCUCAAACUAGCAGCCGUAGCCCCCAGAAACGAAAUAAACGAGAAAAACUGGAUUGGAGUGUUCUUCGACCUCCCAAGUAUCAGAGCAAAAAGAGGUAAGUGAUUGAGUAAGAUAUUUUUAUUGAGUUGCGAAUAUUUGUUAAAUUAUCCGAUUAUUUAUCGGCAUUUAGGGUUGUUGCCCUGUGGUAGCUAAAUUAUGUUGUAUCGAUUGGUUUUUGUGGAUCCGGAAACAACUAUCUAUUAAAAAGAUCAAGAUAUCUAAUUUUUGGCAGGUUUAAUUAUACCCAAGUCCUAAAAACCGAGCCAGUCUUUUAUUAUUUAUUUAA